UUUGUACCCAGGUUUUUGCAGAGGUCUUUGUGAUACAUGUGUUUGGGCUGUUUUUUUAACUAGUGAUCACUUUUGUCUUUUCUGAUUGUAAGUCACUUUGAAGAAUGGUCCUUAAACUAACAUAUUUAAUUUAAUCACACAGUUGGUUAAUCCAAUUUGUUCCAUACCGUGAAGGGGCGAGACUCCGAGAGAGUCAAAUUACACAAGACGUUGACGACUCAUUGCUAGAAUGCAUUUCUCCUUGAGUGCACUCUGUGAACAUCGAGAGCCAAAGAUGAAAUUGGCUGCAUUUCUGGGGUGCUUCAUGCUCGCCUUUGCAGCUGUGGGAGCCAGGAUACAGCCUAGAGAACCUGGUUGGACUGGUUCACUUUUAGUGGUGCCGAUGGAUGGUAGUCACUGGACUGGUGUGAAAGCUGUAGCGGAGGAGAUGGGCCGCAGAGGACACAAAGUGAUGGUGGUCAUUCCAGAGGUCAGUGUACUGCUAGGACCUAGCAAACACUACACUACUAGAACAUUCCCGGUUCCAUAUGGAAAGCAACAACUGGAUGAACUCCAAGCUCGGAAUGCUGAGGUAAUGGAGAGAAAGCAGCUGCCUUUGUUGGAGAAGAUCAGCACCAGACUUAGUAACAUGAGGAAAUUUGUGGCCCUCCAAAGAGCCACAGCUGAGAGUCUUCUAUUGAACCAUGAGCUGGUGGACUUCCUGAAGAAGCAGAACUUUGAUGCCGUACUCACCAGCCCAGCUGUACCAACUGGUGCCAUCCUGGCUUAUAACCUCUCCUUACCUGCUGUGUAUAUGUUGCGAGGCUUACCUUGUGGACUAGACUCGACAGCCACGGCCUGUCCGAACCCUCCCUCUUACAUCCCACGGUUCUUUACAAACAACUCGGACCGUAUGUCGUUUCGUCAACGUGUGCUGAAUGUUCUAGUGAGCAUCGUAGAGCCAUUGCUUUGCAGACUGAUAUAUUGGUCAACUGAGGGUGUAGCAUCCCGUUUCCUGCAGAGAGAUGUAAGUGUGGCAGAGAUCCUGCGCAGUGGAGCCCUGUGGUUGCUACGUUAUGAUUUCACCCUGGAGUUUCCUAAACCUUUGAUGCCCAACAUGGUUCUAAUCGGGGGGAUUAACUGUGCCAUAAAAAACCCUCUUUCUAAGGAGGUGGAGGAAUUUGUCAAGGGCUCUGGAGAGCAUGGUAUUGUGGUGUUCAGUCUGGGUUCUCUGGUCUCCUCCAUGCCAAAAAAGAAAGCUGCCAUCUUCUUCAAGGCUUUCAGUAUGAUUCCACAGAGGGUUCUCUGGCGGUAUACAGGUGAGAUUCCUGAUAACGUCCCAGAAAAUGUCAAGCUGAUGAAGUGGCUUCCACAGAAUGACUUGCUCGGUAACCCCAAAGCAAAAGCCUUUAUCACUCAUGGUGGGACGCAUGGAAUCUAUGAGGGCAUUUGUCAUGGUGUGCCCAUGGUGAUGCUUCCCCUCUUUGGUGACCAGGAUGACAACGUGCACCGCGUGGCGACUCGAGGGGUGGGAGUGGUGCUCAGCAUCCAUGAUAUCACUACAGAAACACUGGUUGAUGCUCUCAACACAGUUAUUAAUGACAGCAGCUAUAAGCAAAGAAUGGAGAAGCUGUCGGCCAUACACAAUGACCGUCCCAUGCAGCCCCUGGAUCUUGCAGUCUACUGGACAGAGUUUGUUAUGAGACACAAAGGGGCAGACCACCUGAGACCUGCUGCUCAUGACCUGAACUGGCUUCAAUACCACAGUCUAGAUGUGAUUGGGUUCCUGCUUUUUAUUGUGCUGAUUGUAACUCUAGCAACAUUUAAAUGCUGUGCACUUUGCUGGAGACGCUGUUGUAGAAAAUUGCAAAAGAGGAAGAGAGACUGAUCAUAUAGAGAUUAAAAGGUGGUUUUGCUUAUAAAAACACAUUUUCCACAUCUUCUGUUUCAUUUCACGUUUUCAGAAAUGUUACUUUCAUCACCUGACAACUCAGCCAGUAAAGUCUCUUAAAAUGUUGCAGUUUUGUAAAGGGGGAGCACACACUGAAGCAGUUUCACCUGUAAAGAUUUUGUUUCUUAAGAUAUUAGUUUUACAUGCUUUCGUUUUCAUAUCACUGACCACUGUUCCCCUAAAACUGCAGCCACCAGCAGUUUUUUUUUUUUUAAUCAUUCAAAGCAACCCACUGUAAG